UGAAUUUCAUUAUGAUCUCAGACCAUGCUUCUGCUUCCUUCCUCUAUCUGUCUGAGGCUAGUCAAAAGAUUUUCCAACUACACAGAUUGUCUUGCACGUCUUCUGCUUUUACCGAACCAAACCAGACAUAUCUAGAUAAUGAAAUUUGUAACCUGUUUUGAGUGAUUAAAAUAGAAAGAACCGAAAGAAAUAGCCCGCGUCCUGCUGUUUGAGGAAACUGCUCAGAGGUGUUACAUGUGCAAUAAGUGUAAAUGACAAAGCAGCUAAUUUUGCAAGACACUCCCACCUUUUUUUUUUUCUCUCUCUCACAUGCCCUCAGUUGAGUUUACAGACAAGCGUGCAUCUAUUUGUAGAUGAAGAGACCGAGACACCAGCUCUUUGCUCUACUUCCUCUUGCACUGUCUAUUCACUCCAGCUUCUGCUUUAUCGGAACCAUGAAUUUAAGUGCAAGCAGCAAUUCUACCAUGAGUUCUGCGCACCAAAUCAGCCUGAUCAUCAUCUACAGCACGGUGCUCACAGUAGGAAGCGUCGGCGUGACUCUGAUGAUCGGCGUGUUAAAAUCGAACCUGCGCUCGUGGACCACCGUCACCUUUUUCAACUUGAUCUUGGUCCACGUCUUCUUCUUGCUCACCAUCCCUUUCCGCAUCUACUACUAUGUGACUCAGUCCUGGGACCUGCAUUUCUUUUUCUGUAAAGUGGUCAGCAGCAUGAUCCACAUUCACAUGCACGUGGUCUUCGUCAUCUACGUCAUCAUCCUCACCGUUAACUUCGUGUAUUACUUUAAAAAAGUAGAGCAGAUCGGGUUCUAUCGGAGUUUCCAUGCCAUGGCGUUCAGCGUCGCCAUAUGGUCCGUGGUGCUAAUCGUCGGCCCCGUGACCUUGUAUCAUUAUGGGGCGCACGCCAACAAAACCGACCACAGAUGCUUCCAUUUUGGGGAAGAGCUCAAAAACGGACCGGUGUUGGCGUGUAACAUUUUUUUGUCGGUUUGUACAAUAAUCGUGUCGUGCAUCAUGAGCUGUGUGCUCGCAUCCAUUCUGUAUUUCAUGAUCAAAAAGCACGGUGCGGGCGUAUGGGCUCACCAGGAGUUCUGGGCUCAGAUGAAGAACGUCAGCCUCGUGCUGAUCAUCCUCUUCUGCCUGGCGCCGUAUCACCUGUAUCGGCUGUACUACCUGACCAAACAUUCAGUCCUACAGCAGGACAACGAGGUGUUCCUGGCCUUCACGGCGAUUACCUGCUUCGACAUGAUGUUCGUUUUUGCCGGGAAGGGAAUAUGCCAUAGGUGUGGAGGUUAACUGCAGAAAACGCUGCUCUGUGGAAUCCACUUUCAGUGUCAGAGAUCAACGGUCGAGCUUCAGUGCUCAUAACUACCAAAGCAUUGUCGAUGAAGAGUGGUUACGACUGUUACAUCUUACCUGACGAAUGCUUUAUGGACGGACGAAAACAGUGUACUCAAAAACUCUGUCAAUUCCCUUUACCUCGGGUAUUUUAGAAAGAUUAAAUGGCAGCUAGCUUGCAUUAUAAUAAUUACCUGCUUGUUUUUUUCUUGCAAUGGCCCUUUAAAUGUGUGAUGUGAUAUUUUAUAAAUUCCUUAUUAGCACAAGUAUUAAUAUGAAUAAUAAUAUGUAUUAUUCGGGCUGAGGAAACUGUAUGUGUUUCUGUAUUUACCUCAAACUCCUGUUAGUCUUUUUAUAGACAAACCCCAAGGGCUAAUUCUAACCCUUUAGAUCGACGAUUCUCCGUCUGGGGUUCGUGAAGCACGGAUCAAAUCAGAUAAAUCUGUGUAUGCGACAAAAUUGUGCUAAUUCGAUUCUCAUUGGGCUGGACGAUGAUAAGAAAUUGAAUAUUAUAAAAGAGAUAAAAAAAAAACGAAGAAGUUUAAUGUGUCGUGUCCUGCCUUCUUUAUUUAAAAAAAUAUAAAUAUUAUCGUAUGUUCUAAUGGAAACUGACUAAUGGUUUCCAUCAAACAUCAAAAUCUUAUCGAUUUUUCUCUCUGUAUAAUUACAGAUCCAGGAUAUAUUCACUGUGAACUACAUCACAUUGUUCUAGAUUAAAUGAAUGGAAUAAUUACGGUACCACAAGACCAUUAGUCUCCUGUAGGACCUCUGAAUCUCAACACAAACUGUUCAACACCCAAUGUAUAUAUGAGAAAUAGCUCAUAUAACAUUUUGUAGAAGAUUUUAUUAUAAGAAGCAUUAGAAAAAUGUGCUUAUAAUCUUCUUAUUGAAAACUUUACAAUGUUUCUUUCUUUCUUUCUUUCUUUCUUUCUUUCUUUCUUUCUUUCUUUCAAGGCAGAUGCAUAUACAAAGAAACGAAAAACGAAUGGUUUUAUGUUGGGUGUUUUUUUAUAUCAUAGUGUUUGUAUUAGAUACGUUUGUUUAGUGAAAAAAAAAUAAAUCUAAAGGAGUUUAUGUUGUUGUUGUUAGUAAUAAUAUUAAUAAUAAUAAUAUAGUAUUUAUAAUUGUAUACAAUUAUUAUUAUUAUUAUUAUUAUUAUUAUUAUUAUUAUUAUUAUUAUUAUUAUUAUAAGCAGUAGUAGUGGUGGUGGUGGUGAUGGUGGUGCUGGCAGUGGUAGUGGUGCUACAUCUGCUGUCACGUUCAGAUUUUCAUCAGUGAACAUUUGAAGAAAUGACUCUUACCUGUUGUUCCUCAGAAGCUCUUGGCUGCUUAACUCCACUGGACUAUAAACUGUUGUAGAAAGGACAUUAUUUACAUUGACAUUAUUAUUUCCUGUCCAGUGCCACUUAAAUGAGGAUGAGGUUCACUUCUGAGUCUGGUUCCUCUCAAUGUUUCUUCCUCGUAUCCUCACCGUCCCUUCGGGCUUGUUCGUUAGGGAUAAAUGUUAGAGAUAAAUAGUGACUUAAUUUUAAAGUUUAACAUUUUUUAUUCUUUUUAUAAGCUUCUGUAAAACUGCUUCGAAACGAUGUGCAUUGUUAAAACUAUUCUAUGCUGUACAAAUAAAUUAAAUUGUAUUGAA